UUCCCUUUCUAAUUCUAUUAUCAAUUUUCAUUCACUUGCAGCUUCUGAGGCACACAGACAGAGAAAUGCUGUCCCCUUUGCAGCGGUUCCAGCUAGCUUUAUCACCUUCCUGAUCCCAUUCCCACCUGCCACCGCUUUUUCCGGUAAGCUCUGUAAUUUACGCUUACUCACUCGCCUUAUGUUCCAAGCAUUCUUCCUCCGUCAACGUCUUCAUUACUCCCUCUUCUGUCACUUGUAACCGGACUCCACGGUCUGCAUUAUAUGUUUUUAUGCUCGUGAAGCUUCAAUUUGUAGCCAUUUUCCACUAAGUACUUUGUAGCACUUGCUUGAUCUGUUCAUUUCUGAUUCGGAAGUAAAGAAUCUCGUGCACCUGUGCUUCAAUUGAAGGUCUUGUGAUUCGACGAAUUCAACUGCAUUGAAAGUAAGAAGUUUGAGUGGCAGCCAUGGUUCUAGGCUCAAAAGGGAAGAACCGGAGAGGUGGCACCGUGCAAAUCGAUUGCCUUGUUCACAUUCAAGAGAUUAAGCCAUGGCCCCCAUCACAAUCUCUCAAGUCCCUUCGUUCUGUUUUGAUACAAUGGGAGAACGGCGAGCGCUCUUCAGGGUCUACCAGUCCUGUUUCCCCAGGUGAAGGGAAAAUUGAGUUUAAUGAGUCAUUUAGGCUUCAUGUGACUCUGUUGAAGGACAUGUCUGCCAAGCAUAGUGUUGCUGAUGUGUUCCAAAAGAAUUACUUGGAGUUCAAUUUGUAUGAGCCUCGAAGAGAUAAGAUUGUUAAAGGUCAGUUGCUAGGAACUGCCAUUGUAGACUUGGCGGAUUGUGGCGUCCUUAAGGAGCCCUUGAGUGUUAGUGUUCCAUUGAACUGCAAGAGGAACUACAGAAACACGGAUCAGCCGCUUUUGUAUGUUAAAAUCGAGCCUACCGAAAAGCAUCGGACUAGGUCCUCGUUCAAGGAAAGCAAUCCCAAAGAGGCAUCGAAGGACAACAAAGGUGGUGACUCUGUGUCUACAUUGAUGAAUGAAGAAUAUGCUGAGGAAGCUGAGAGUGCUUCCUUUACUGAUGAUGAUGUUUCCUCCCAUUCAUCUAUUGUAGCAGCUACUACCCCGGAAACUAGUGGGAGUAUACCUCCUCAUUGUGCAGAGAAUGGAGCACAUGGAGCAACCCGAAACACAGAUAGUAAUGAAAAGGAGCAUACUUUGGCAUCAGAAACAAAGGUUGAAAGAUUGCAACAAGAUACAUGUGAGAAACUAGAGAGUUCAUCUAACGCCUCAUCCGGGGAUCUGUCCUCUAAUAUCGAAAGCCCGGCAAAUGGUCAACCAGCUAUGGAGAAUACUAGUAAUCACAGCCCAGUGACAAUUCAAAAGCAAGUUGUUGAUUCUUCCUCCCCAUCCUUGGAGGAAAAUUCCAAGAGCAGGUUCACAAACAGUGAUCAUGAAAAUUUGGAUCAGGAGGAUUUUGAAGAGGAUGCUAAUUGUAGAAAUAAAUUUGAAGAUGUUAAAACUAACAGUAAUGGAAGUACUAUUGAUAUCUAUUCAAGGAACACUACAUCUCUUAGUAAUGGCUUUGUAGACAUGACUCCAGGCUCUGUAAACUGUAUUAGUUCAGAAAUCAAUGACAAAUUGAAUGAGCUGCAUGGUGAAGCUAACGAAUCUCACAUGAAGGGGGAAGGAAGUGCUAAAUCUUAUUGUAGUUCUGUUGAGGACAGUAAUGGAAAUGAAAUGUCUGAUUUGGAUAUGCAAAACCAUGUAGGAAAUGAAUCAAUGGCUCGUGGUGUGAAAGACCAAGUUUCAUUAAGUAGCGAUAUAUACUAUCUUGGUGGGUCAGAGAGUCAUCUGAAAGGCAGUAAUAUUAUGAGAAGUGAGAGAUUAAAGCACGUGAAGUCGGUGAGGUCAUCAACAGAAUCAGCUAGGAGUAUUGGAUCACUCAGUAGCAAUCAUCUUUCUGAAGUAAGAGAAAGCCAUAUAGGAGAUGCACAAAACAAUGGAGGGAACAUCCAUGACAAAAGAGAUGCUAAGAUUUAUCCAAGGGAAUCCAGAUCUACCAUUUUUGACAGCAAGGUUGAGAAUUUAGAAAACAAGAUUAAGAUGCUUGAGGGAGAGUUAAGAGAGGCUGCUGCCAUUGAAGCUGCUUUAUAUUCAGUAGUUGCUGAGCAUGGCAGCUCCAUCAGUAAGGUUCAUGCCCCAGCUCGGCGCCUGUCCAGGAUGUACCUUCAUGCUUGUAAAGAAAAUAUUCAAGCAAGAAGGUCUGGGGCUGCUAAAAGUGCUGUUUCAGGUUUAGCACUUGUUGCAAAAGCUUGUGGAAAUGAUGUCCCAAGAUUGACAUUUUGGUUAUCUAAUUCUAUUGUGUUGAGAAUAAUUAUAAGCCAAUCCACCAGAGACAUGGCACCAUCAAGUCCUACCGGUUAUAGUAUGAGAAGGAAGAGAGCAGAGGGGAAUGGAAAAAUAGCUCAACCAUUGGUAUGGAAAGGUCUAUCUGCUAGGAAAAGUGAGAAGACAGCAUAUGGUGCUUUUGGCAGCUGGGAUGACCCAAAUGUAUUCAUCUCAGCACUAGAAAAGGUGGAAGCUUGGAUCUUCUCUCGCAUUGUGGAAUCAAUAUGGUGGCAGUCUUUGACUCCGCAUAUGCAGCUUGUUGAUGCGAAGUUCAUCAGCAGGAAUGUCAGUUCUGCAUCAAAGAAAAGCUUUAGAAGAAUGUCUACCACAUGUGACAAAGAGCAAGGGGAUUUAUCACUUGACAUUUGGAAGAAUGCUUUUAGAGAAGCCUGUGAUAGGAUCUGUCCCAUUCGAGCUGGAGGGCAUGAAUGUGGCUGUUUGUCUCUUCUUCCUAGAUUGAUAAUGGAGCAGUGUGUGGCAAGAUUAGAUGUUGCAAUGUUCAAUGCCAUCCUUCGUGAAUCUGCUGACGACAUCCCAACAGAUCCUGUAUCUGAUCCCAUUGGUGAUCCUAAGGUCCUCCCCAUUCCACCUGGUAAAUCAAGCUUUGGAGCUGGUGCACAGCUGAAAACGGCGAUUGGAAACUGGUCUAGAUGGCUAACUGAUCUAUUUGGUAUCGAUGAUGAUGACGUGCUUGAAGAUAAAGAUGAUGAUGACCAUUACAGCAGUGAUGGAAGUCAAAAUACAUCAUUCAAGGCCUUCCAUCUUCUCAAUGCACUAAGUGACCUCAUGAUGCUCCCUAAGGAUAUGCUGUUAAACGAAUCCAUCAGGAAAGAGGUGUGUCCCAUGUUUAGUGCACCACUUAUCAAGAAGAUUCUGGAGAAUUUUGUCCCGGAUGAAUUUUGCCCCGAUCCAAUUCCACCUGUUGUCUUUGAAGCUCUGGACUCACAGGAUGAUCUCGAAGAUGGAAAUGAGUCUGUCAACUACUAUCCAUGCAUUGCAGCUCCAAUCGCAUAUUCACCUCCCCCUGCAACUUCCAUUGCAAGCAUUACCGCGGAAGUUGGAAGCGAAUCUUACCUGAGAAGAAGUAAAUCUUCCGUUAUCAGGAAGUCAUACACAAGUGACGAUGAACUCGAUGAAUUAAGCUCUCCAUUAUCUUCUAUAUUAUUUAAUGGUUCUUCCUCCUCUCCAGCAUCAGUAAAACCCAACUGGAAGUUGAAGGAUUGUCGCAUUGAAUCCAAUGUCAGAUAUGAAUUGCUCAGGGAUGUCUGGACGAAUAGCGAGUAACUUUUCAGAAACAAAUAUUACUAUCUGCGUGUAACUAAUGUUAGAUGCCACUAUGUAAAAUAAUGCCCUCAAGGUUUAGCACAUGUAUUAUAAGCUGGUGUGGUGAUAGUUGCUUGCAUGUAAUUAAAUAACAAAUAAAUAACGAGGGAUAUGUUUAUACCGGUGUAAGUUUUCUUGAGUUACUUCUAACUUCUUAUGCGUGAUAAAUCAUUAAA